AUGGAGAUGAAUCCGAAAGAAAUGGAACUAGAGACUAAAUUGACGCAGCUGAACUUAGCGGUACAAAGGUCAGAAAAAACUUGGCAACAGGUAAGCUGUAAGCGUGAAACUAUUAAACGGCACCUCGAAACGCUACAAUCAGUGAACAGUUCAUCUAACCAAUGCAAACGUUUGGUUGAAGAACAGAAAAUUGCGAGUAAAACAAACAUGGAUGAAAUCGCUAAUUGAAAUGACAAUAUUGAGUCGAAAUUUGAAGAAGCUGAUUUUCAAAUUGCACGUUUUAGUGAUUGGCUGGCGGAAAAUGAACGCCAAACUAAGGCUGUAGCCCAAGAGGAGCUGUUUAAGAAUGAAUUAAAAUUGCACGAAGAAAAAUUACGCAUGCAAUCCGAGCUUGUGAACAGCGCCAAAUCAAAACCGGAAACACAGGAAUUUUCUAGUCCAAGCGCAAAAUUGCCUAAACUGGUAAUCUCAAAGUUUGAAGGCUCGUAUAUGGACUGGCCCCGGUUCUGGGGGCAGUUUACCGAAGGUAUCGACAAAAGUUCUAUUGCGCCUAUAACAAUGUUCACGUAUUUGUUAGAACUGUUGAGUCCAAAAGUCAAAAUAUGUGUGGAAUCCCUUCCCCUUUCCCCCGAGGGCUAUAACAGAGCCAAAGCAAUCCUUCAAGAUAAAUAUGGGAAGGAAUCUGAGAUAGUGAAAUGUUACGUAAAGGAAAUUCUCGAUUUACCCCAAAUUCCGAAUAGUAACGCCCGAAGAAUUGCCGAAUUCAGCGAGAAAUUAACGUAUUGCGUGAGAGCACUAGAGACUCUCAAAAAACUUGACCAAAUCAACGGAAAUCUUUCGAUGUAGCCUGCGUAGCAGGCGUUUAGCUGACGGGCGGGUACAGAGGGAUCGGAACGCCUGCCCAAACUGGCUAUGACAAUUUGUUUUCGCCAUUAAUUUAAGGAUGAUUGACGUUUUGUAAUUAGCACCUUCAUCCAUUAUCCAAUCAUAGUCGAGAUGUAUAUUUAGCAGCAUGCAUGCUUUUUGCUCGGCAACUACGGAGAUUUGCAGAGAUUUUAUGUACUAUUUAAAGCACGCGGAGGAGUGUUUUAUCAGAUAUAAAGAUGGUCUGAUAAAACACGCACUGCGAAUGUUUUAAAUUGCUUCAAAAACGAUCGAUCUAGUAUACGUUCAUUGGCGAAGUAGCUUUCAAAAAAUUCGGUGUGUAUAUGUAGAGAAAAUCAUUAAAAUUUUUGUAAAUCAAGGGAAAUCUCUAUCACAUAUCAAGGAUACAACACGUUUAUGACUUUUCUUUGUGUCUUCCUCAUGAAUUAUUGAGUUUUUGAAGCUAUUUUAGACAACAGUCAGUCACAACGUGCAGAGCUUUUAUCUUUUAAAACUGACUCCUGAACCACGGUUGUUUAACGUAUUCUGCCGUUUUGCAAAUAUAACAGUUGAGCAUGUUUUGAAAUGUUGUUCUUAAAAUCAUCAUUCAACCUCAUAGCUACAAUGCCAAGUGAUAUAGCCUCAACUAUCUGGUCUUGAAUCAGUAUGCUUUAAAGUGAACAAAUAACAAGGCAACUAUAUUAACGAAAUAUUCAGGAUAUAUUUAAAAUGUAUAAUUGAAAGAUCAAACUUUUCCGUAUUCAAAGUUUUCCGAAUCGCGAUAACCGGCGUCUUCACCACGUAGCAAAUUAAUAAUAUACUUUCUCUGUUCUGGUUCAACUGAAUUUCGAAGGCUAAAUACUUGAAAUAUAAGAAAGUUUCCUCGAAAGCAUUAACAGGCGGCAUAUUUUUGAUACGCGGCUAUAAACGGGCAUAGUACAAAACAUGGACUGGACUGGACUGGACAGUUGGACUGGACAGUUGGACUGGACAGUUGGACUGGACUGGACUGGACAGUUGGACUGGACUGGACAGUUGGACUGGACUGAUUUUUACAUUUUCUCUAUUCUUGACUUGCAUGUCAGCCGCCAUGUCAGGUGGCAUGGCACAAAAGAAUAUUUUAUCACAGAGUAAAUAUACCAUGUCAUGUCUAUUUUGUGAUUGUAUCAAUGAACAUUGUCUGGUGUGUACCAGGAGGAGAUUGGUUUCAAGUCAAGAAUAUAACGUUUUGCACCUGAAUUACUUUUGAUUUUCGGAAAUUGAAAUACUUUACCUUCGCCGAUGACCUCACUUUAUAACUGGAGUGAAAUCUCAAGAAACCCCAGUAAGGGGCCGACCAUUUAACUUUUGAGGGGGGGAGGGGGGGGGGGAGAUUUACUGCUGGAAGGGCGGAAUUUUUUUCUUGAUAUGGGAUCGUUAUGUGCAAGAUUAUUUUCCCCUAUCCCAACACCACGUACGAUAUUUUUUUCCACUCUCUUUCGUAGCAUUGUUUUUCAAUAGCUUAUCAGACUAUUUAGAUUCUUUAAUUAAUAAUAGUUAACGUUGCGUUUUCUAGCUUCAUGCAUUGCUUUUAAUAAUACAUAUUGCUAUGAGGUAUAAGAUUUGGUUCAGGGCCUCUUUACGGAUGUGUAACUGGAGGGGACAUAUUUAGCGGGGGACCUGGAGAAGUUCCAGUCGGUAAGUCUGUAUCACUGCAGCUACCAGCAUAUAUAUGCAUGGUUUAACUAAUAAGUAUACGCCAUAGGGAAGCAGAUCAGGCCAAUAUUAACUAGGAUUCUGAGACAACCGAGUCGAGCACCGAAGGUGCAAGCCUGUAGAGGGGGCAUGCCCCCCCCCCCCAGAAAAUUGUGGAUUUUGUGAAGCUCAGAUAAGCUAUUUCCAGCAUUUUCAGAAGUUUUUCAACAAGAAAUUAACCUUACACUAGUCUCCGAAAAUCAAACCAGCUGAUCUUCUGGGACUGGUCAAAUCGAUCCCUGCAACCAUGCUGUUUUGCAACAUUUUUUCCCCCACCAAAUACUGGGGCAGGAUAUUUUUCCCCCAGUUUGUUAGUGCAGGCAUUUUCUUUUGUUCAGAAUAGCCUUGAAGGAAAUGUUUUUUUUAAAAAUCACCCCCUCCCCCAUCCCCCUCAAAAGUUAAAUGGUCGGCCCCUAAGUAGAAUAGAAUAGAAUACCAAACAUAAUAAAUAUUCAUGUUCGCAGACCGUAAAAACAAUCAAAUUCAAAAGAAGUAAAUGAUGCAGCACACAAAUAUAUGAAUAUGAGCUCCUGCCCCCCCCCCCCGCCAAUUAUCUAUCUUUCUAUGCCCAUGGCCAUGCAGAUUGGAACAUCAAAAUUUAAUACGUAUGCGAGCAGGAUACCCAUAGCAAAGACAGAUAAGUAGUUUAUGUUUGGUAUUGUAUUCUAUUCUAUUCUAUUCUACUUACUGGGGUUUCUUUCGCUUUAAGAGAUUUCACUCCAGUUAUAAAGUGAGGUCAUCGGCGAAGGUAAAGUAUUUCAAUUUCCGAAAAUCAAAAGUAAUUCAGGUGUAAAACGUUAUAUUCUUGACUUGCAACCAAUCUCCUCCUGGUACACACCAGACAAUGUUCAUUGAUAAAAUUACAAAAUACUUGACACGGUAUAUUUAUUCUGUGAUAAAAUAUUCUUUUGCGCCAUGCCACCUGACAUGGCGGGUGACAUGCAAGUCAAGAAUAGAGAAAAUGUCCAGUCCAACUGUCCAGUCCAGUCCAACUGUCCAGUCCAGUCCAACUGUCCAGUCCAGUCCAACUGUCCAGUCCAGUCCAACUGUCCAGUCCAGUCCAGUCCAACUAUCCAGUCCAGUCCAUGUUUUGUACUAUGCCCUAUAAACGCGUCAACGCGAGCAAAAUUAUUGUUGACAUUUGAGUUACGUAAUUACUUCCGUUAACGAGAUUAACCAAUGGGAAGCUUUUCCGAAGAUUCUUCGGAGAAGAACAAAUUAAUCAUAGGCAUUUGGGCAGGCGUUUAUUUAACGACGCCCUUUUUUCUUCCGCCCGCACUAAACGCCUGCUACGCAGGCUAGUUUCGAUGACAUUAGACAAAUUGGCAGGGAUUAGGGGUGAUUUAGUUCGAACUGAUCCUGAAUGGGAGUCGUGGGAUUUUAGUAAACUGGCCGAGGCAUUGCGCCAGUGGGUGAAGCGCAACCCAGUACUACCGGUAGUGAUUUGCGACACGAAGAAAAUCGAAGGAAAAGUUUUCAUGCAAAACGAGACGAGUAAAAACUUUCGGGUUGCGUUUAUUGCGAAGAUCCUAACCAUAAGGCUGUAAGGUGUCAGAAAGUUGCAAAUCCGAAUGAGCGCAAACAAAUUUUGGCGAAAAAAGGGUUGUGCUUUAAAUGCGCCACAAAAUUUCAUCGCGCCUCCGAUUGCAAUAGUAAGACCUCCUGCGGGCACUGCUAUAGACGUCAUCAUACAUCAAUUUGCGAACAGUACAAUAAUAAACGUGAUGACAGAUCUGUUCAAGAUGAAGCCAGAGAUAAAAACUCCUCCGGUGGUAAAAAGGUGAUGACUGAUGGAGCAUGUGCUGAGGGAAUAUUUCCAGUUGUACUUGUCAAAGUUAAUGGUGUAAUGUGUCGAGCGCUCUUUGACUCUGGCGCCGGGAGUUCAUAUGCGUCUGCGAAACUUAUAAACGCAUUAGAAGCAAAACCCAGUGAGAUAAAAAGCCAGCGCAUAGACAUGUUGAUGACGUCGCAGAUGAAGAAAAUUGAAAUUUAUGACGUGACAAUUAGUUCGUUAGACGGUAUGCAUGAAAUUAAAGCGAAAUUAAAUAAAGUAGAUAGAAGCGAACUUUUAACAAGCAAUCCAAAUUAUGAUAAACUGGUAGGACAAUACAAUUAUACAAACACUUGAACUCAGUCAAGAUGGACGAAUGUGACACGAAGAGUGACCUUGCCAUACAUCUUGUGCUAGGGAUUGGAGAGUAUGCGCGAAUCAGAACCAGAACGUUAACCAAGCCUCUCGUGGGGAAGGAAGGGGAGCCAAUAGCUGAACAAACGAAGUUUGGGUGGGUCAUAAUGAGUCCAGGGGUCGAAUUUGGCCAAAGUACCAUGCUACUAACCACGACCUCACAAGCUGACGUCGAGCGGGUGUGUCGAUUAGAUGUUCUCGGGCUUGAAAAUACCUCUGAGAAAGACCCUCGACCGGUCUAUGACGAGUUUAAAGAAACCCUCACUCGCAAUGAAGAGGGCUGGUACGAAACCAGCCUGCCGCGGAAAUCGAACCAUCCAAAGCUCCCAUCGAACGAGAAAGGCAGCCAACGAAGACUAAAGAAUUUAGUGAAGCGUCUCGAGUGUAAGGAAAUCUACGAAGAGAUUAAGAAAGGCCUGUACGUCGACGAUGUUAUGACGGGGGGUGAGAGCGUUAAAGAAGUUACAGAGAAUGAGCGAAUUAAAUGGCACCAUGUUCCAACAAACGAGAAUCCUGCCGACCUGGGAAGUCGCGGAGGAAAUGUUACCAACAACGUAUUAUGGCAACAUGGACCCGAAUGGCUUAGCGACCAAGCAAGAUGGCCACCGAAAGUGGUCCCCGUGGUGAGCUCGGAAGCCAAAGAAGAAGAAAAGGCCUCAGUCCGAGUAAUGGUUGCAGUAAAUCAACCAGUAGUUGAGAAUGUAUUCGACAAGCUCCUUGGAAAGUAUCCAUUGCGAAAAACCCUACGAAUUUGUGCUUGGGUGAAUAGAUUCGUUCGAAACUGCAGGAACGAGAGCAACAAACGUGAAUCAGGGCCGAUUAAGACUCACGAAAUCGAAGAGCGUACGCUAUGGUGGAUCAAGCGUGUGCAAGAGGAGACCAAAGAUAACCCCGAACUUUCCAGUGCAAAAGUUGAGCUGAAUCUUCAACAUAACCGAAGUGGAAUCAUGGAGUGUCGAGGGCGGAUCGAAGGCGACUAUCCAGUAUAUUUACCUACGAAUACGGUCUUCGCGAAGAAAGUUGUAGAGCAAGCCCAUAUCAUUACACUCCAUGGCGGAGUACCGGCGACGAUGGCAGAAGUACGAGAACGUUAUUGGGUGCCUAGAUUACGCCGUCUUGUGAAACCGAUACGAAGCAAUUGUCAUGGUUGUGCUAGAUUCCGGGCACAAUC